ACGCAAUGACGCAAGGCGGGGGGGAGGGGAGCGGAGGGGACGACGCUGCGUGCGGCGCCACUGGGCAGGCGGGCUCGCUGUUGGUGCUGGUGAAAGAUGACUGAUCCAGACGUAGUGACUGAAGUGCCUGCAGCUUUGAAACGACUUGCCAAAUAUGUUGUGAGAGGAUUUUACGGGCUUGAGCACGCGCUAGCUUUGGAUAUCCUUAUUAGGAACCCCUGUGUCAAAGAAGAGGACAUGUUGGAGCUGCUGAAAUUUGACCGGAAACAACUGCGAGCGGUUUUGAACACAUUGAAAAGCGACAAAUUUAUUAAAAGUAGAAUGCGAGUUGAAACUGCUCCUGAUGGUAAAACCACGAGACAUAAUUACUACUUCAUAAACUACCGUCUCCUGGUGAACGUGGUCAAGUACAAACUAGACCACAUGAGGCGAAGGAUUGAGACAGAUGAACGAGACUCCACAAACAGAGCCUCUUUUAAAUGCCCCAACUGCUACAAGACGUUCACGGACUUGGAGGCCAACCAACUAUUUGAUCUCAUGACAGGAACCUUCCGAUGCACUUUCUGUCAGACUGAGGUUGAAGAGGAUGAAUCUGCGUUACCAAAGAAGGACGCCAGAACACUUUUGGCAAGGUUCAAUGAACAGAUUGAACCAAUCUAUGCUCUACUGCGUGAAACUGAAGAUGUUAACCUGGCUUAUGAAAUCCUGGAGCCAGAACCGACAGAAAUUCCGUCACUCAGAGCAAGUCAACGAGCCCAAGGUGCUGGCUGUAAUAUGAAUUCCCAGAAAGAACUCUGGGCUAACAAAGGGCCCACUUAUGAGGAUCUGUACACUCAACAAGUGAUCAUCAACAUGGAGGAACAGGAUGUCCAGCACAAAGUAGCUUCUGAUGGCAAGCCGGUUAAGGAGAGACCAAUCUGGAUGCGAGAGAGCACUGUCCGAGGUGGCUUCACCGACUCGGAGGAACUCCAAGAAGGCGACAUGGACGCUGACUCGUACCACGACCGUGACGGAAAAGGCAACCCGCUGGAAGCAAACGAGGAGGUCAUGCAGACGCUGCUCAUCCAUGAGAAAAAGAGCACGUCGGCUGCCGCAGCUGCCGCAGCCGCCGCCAUCCCAGCCUCCAACGCCAGCGACUCUGAGAGCGACACGAGCGAGUCUGAGGACGAGUUGCCCCGGCCGCAGGCCAUGGCCAUGUCGGCGGCGGCGGCGGCAGCGUUCCCGGUGGUGACCGGCGCCGAGGAGGACGAGGAGUUUGAGGACGAGCCGACAGUCCUGGUGGCAGGGCAGCCCUACUCCUACAGUCAGGUCAGUCAGUGCGAGGGGUUAGUGGCACAGAUGACGGCCGAAGAGAAGGAAGCUUACAUCGCCAUGGGGCAGCGAAUAUUCCAGGAUAUGUACGAAUGACCAGUCGCCACAGCAUCAACAUCUUUAACCUUCUUAAAUACGUCCUGUGGGUUGUAUUAGUCAGUGUUUCCACAGUUUUAAAUAUAUCUGCCAAAGUGUUAUGACAGCAUUCCUUCCUCAACUAAAUUACAAGCUGUAGUAUUUUAAAGUCAAAAGUAUUUUUAGAAUGCUAAAAUGCCGUGGUGCCCUAAAACCUUGAUAUUAUUUAUUUGGUGUUCAUUCCUUUUAUUGCGUAAUUCUCUCCAGUGGCCUUUAAAUCCUUCUUUCACCAACUUACCCUUUCAUUCCGCUCAUGCUUGGGGUAUACUAAUUGCUGACUGUGCUCACUGAAGCAUUUCUCGAAAAAAUGAUUGAUCAAUCUUAUUGCCUCGGCAAUUCAACUGAAACUUCCUUUACUCUCGGGCAUUCAAAUUGGAAAUAUUCCGGGUGAAUUUCUGCCCCGCGCUAGUUGUUCCCAGAUUGAACCGUGAGAAGGAUGCGCGGUUAGAUGUUUUCCCAGUUUGGCGAGGGGGAAAUCAAGCCAGAUUGCUGAAUUUAAUUUCUAGUUAUUCAUUCAUCCUUUCUGGAGCUUUUUAUCCUGAAGUGAUGAAUGCAGAGAAAGUUCAUGGUAUUGUCCUAGAUGUGGCUACUGGCAUUCAGUAUCUAGGCAUGAAAACCUACAUGAUUUGUCAGAUGUUAUGCAAUUGUAUCUUAAUGACCAGGAUGAAAAGGAGAAAAUAAGGACAGAUUUUUUUUUUUCCCCCAAGUUGAAAAUAUUUUAGAUUCUAGAGCAGUGCAGUUUUACAGUGAGUUGGGUAUGUGCCAAAUCAUACUUGCUUGGGGCAAAAUUUAAAUAUAUGGUCUUUAAAUGCCAUCUGCAUUUUUAUGAUUCAUUUGCAAUACAAUAGUUGAAAUUUUAAAAAAUGGCUCCUUAAGUUUUUAUAAUUGCUCAACAGAAUAAUUCAGUUUUUAAUAGUUUUAACCUGGUUUGGUUUCCAAGCUCGACUACUAAUCUGUGUUGAAUAGCCAUUGCUGGAAGUACUCAGCAGUUCAGUUAGCUUUUGUCGUGGGGAAAAUAUAGUUAGCAAUAUAGGUCAAUGGUCUUUAGUGAGCAGUAAAACAGCAGCAACCUCCCUCAGGGGAUGCUGCCUGACCAGCCAAAUAUUUCCAGUAUUUCCGUUAACAUCAGAUAUCCACCAUAUAUUAUCUUUUGUUUUAGCUAUUCAAAAAGCCAGUGCUCAUUUUUUGAAGAUUAAGGUGCCAGUUCACUUAUCAAUUCAAAUUUAAGGCACAUUCAUCAACAAUUAUUUCCCUUUCCAUAUUUAAAAAAUUAAGCAUAUUGUUACGAUAAUAUACAUUAAACACGUUUUAGAGAUGCUGGUAUGCCAUCACCACAAUAGCACUGCAAAUAGUUGACAGACAACUUCCUUGCUCCACGCUGUUCAACUUAAUUUCUAUCCGUUCCUUCAUGCCUUCACUUAAAUCAGUCACAUCUAUGACAUUGUUCUUUCUUAACUCCAUUGAACCUAUAAUAGCCCUGUCCCACGGUACGAGUUCAUUCCAAGAGCUCUCCCGAGUUUGCCCUGAUUCGAACUCGGUGAUUUACGGUAAUGGCCACUCGUCGGUACUCGGGACUCUCGUGGACAUUUUUCAACAUGUUGAAAAAUGUCCACGAGUCUUCCCGUGCUUACCUGCAGUUAGCGAGUCUUCCCGAGUAUCUACCGUUAAGCGUUACGAGCCGCUAAGAGACGUCCUCGAGCUCCGACGUACCCGCUACUUUCAUUCUCCGUGCUUACCACGUGUUUGAUUUUUUUUUUUAACUCGGGAGAGCUCUUGGAAUGAAUUCGUACCGUGGGACAGGGCUAUAACUAUCUUAAUGUAAGAUGCUCCGUGCGGCAAAGAGGUGAUUGAUGGUUUUAUCCUGGGGUUAUUUUAAUACGUCAUGGUCUAUAAAAAGUGAAGACUAUUUUAUCAACUAUCAUAGUUACUCGAAACAUUUUCCAUUGUCCAACUAUGCAGAGAUUUAAUGAAACACUUAGAAGAUUCAAGAAAGUUCACAAUCGAAAAUAUAUUUGUCAAAAUAGGUAUAAUUAUUGAACCUUGAAAAGAGUUAAUGUGUUUGACAACAGAAAAGUUAGCCUAUCUUAAAGAGUAUUAUCUCAUCUUGAAAGUGUAUUAUCUAUUCUGCAGAGUAGGUACUUGAGUGGUAGAAAUCUUGUGAUCUCAUUGAGAUGGUUUCAAUUACAUUUAAAGUAAAAUUAUAAAGUUUUAACCUUUUCAUUGCGUGGUUUUAUUAUCUAAUGUGUUUUAAUUUCUAAGUGACAUGUUCUGAAACUGGGAAUGCAUUUUUUGUCUUGUAAUCUGCGAUGGCCAUUACAAGAUGCCAUUGCAAGAUGUUUCUGAGAAACCCAUUCAAUUGCAAUAAAAUGUUCUGUGUUGAUCUUGCAAAGGAGCACACCAGUUUAAUAAACUUAAAGCUGCCCGAUUAAAAACAUGCAAAAGAAUCUGCGGUGAAUUGUUAGUAACGUAACGCUGAGUUUAUUUUAGUUAUUGUGCUGAGCAGUUUUCUUUGUUUUCCAUGCUGUUGAGUUCCAGAUUUGGAGUCCAGUCUAGGCUCCGUAAGUCAAUUCAAUGGAUACGGUGUUUCCUUAGAAUUAAAUAACCAUUUAUAUCACAUGUACAUAAUACGUUUUUAUCAAAAUCACUUUUUUUUAGAACAAUGAAUCAUUUGGAUUAGAUUUCUCGUGUGUUGAUACCCAUCCCAAAGAUGUGCGGACCUGUUGGUGACUUGACCGCUACAAAUUGCCCUUAGUAUGUAGUGGGUAUGUAGGGGUAACCUGUGUGAACGGAUAAUCAAUAGUUGGCAUGGACUCGAUGGGCCAAAGGACCUGUUUUUGACUGGAUAGCACGCAAAAAAAGCUCGGUACACAUGACAAUAAAAUGAAAUAAUCUAAGCUGUUUCCAUACUAUAUCUCCAAACCCUAAAUUCAAAUAAAUCAAUUCCUGGAUUAUAUUUCUACAUUCACAAAUGUAGAAACAUAUCAAACCUCACUUAUUAGAAUUAUAUUAUCUGUAGUUUGUACGAUUUUUUUAAAAAAAGGCUAAUUUGAUUUUAAUAAAGAUUAGCAAAUUAUAAGGUGUUAAGGAUCUACAAACUUUUUGAGAAGAAUCCAGAUCAGGCGAAAAUCUUUAAAACAUUUUAUGCAUUUGGAAAAUAAUACUGUGCAGCCUUUAAUUUAUCCACAAGAUUCUACUGAAAUAUUUAGAUAACUCAUUAGCAGCAUCCAGUGGCAAAAUAUAUGUGUUGCAGUAAUAUAGUAUAUUCCUGCAAAUUAUGACUGGAUUUUGCAUUUGUUAAAAACGUAAAAUUAAAAGAAAGUGCUGCAGCAACUCAGCCGAGUUCCUCCAGCUCUUUGUGUUCUUCGAAAGAUUCUAGCACCAGCAGUUCUUUGUCUCUUUAAUUUAAAAGGGACUUUUUUUGCUUUUUGUGCUGCAAAAAUGGAUAAUUUCAUUUCAUCUCUUGCAUACAGUGCAGAUAUUAUAGCAAUUUAUAUUGUAUGGAGCCAUCAAAUGAAUAAUAUAUGAACAGCUGGUCUUGAGAUGGGAAAUCCAAUUGAUAUAACUUCCAGUCUAAAGCAAUAAAUACACACGCUCAAUCAUUUUUACCACCUUUCCACUCAAGUGUAGCAUUAGGGGGAGAUGUAAAUCUUUGAGUUACCCUUAAUUUCAUUGUGUAUAAGUACAGUUAAUCAUCUCUAUACCCAACGGCACAGAAAAAUCACAGACCUUCAAAUAUCUUGAUUUUUGUUCUUCAGAGCAGGAGGUGAUCUGUUCCGAUGUAUAAAUCAACAGCGCAGAUUUACUAGACUGAAUAGGUGCAAGAGGAGUGUGAAGAAUACUUAAAACUGCAUAUACUUUUUCUUAAAUACCCCAACAUAGGAAAUCGACUGAGUGAUCUGGAGAAAAAGACUGCACCAUAACUUGUUCUCAAAAAAACAUCAUCAAUUUAAAUUAUUUGGUCCAACAGGCUUUUUACAGAUGUGAUGUUUGCAAUUAAACAUUUGCUUUUUAAUCCAAAUUAUAAUUAUAACUGGUGUCCUUCGGCUAAGAAUGUUAUUUCCAUUUGUUUUAUUUGCUUAUUCCAAAAUAAAGAUUUUGUCAACAGUU